AUGGAUCUAGCUGCACGAGGUGCCGCGGCGGUCGAGUCUAAAGACUUUCCCCAGGCUGUGUCCCUCUACACCCAGGCGCUGAUCGACCACCCUUCCUCCCCCGACUACUUCAUCCAGCGAUCACUCGCAUUUGCGCGCCUCUCACCUCCCCGCUAUGACCUUGCUCUCAAGGACGCAGAGUAUGCAGUCCUCCUCGCACAGAAACGUGCAAAGAGAGAGAAGAUCCAGGCGGCACAACAGCGACGAGUUGUGGCUCUUCACGGACUGGGACGUUUCGCAGAUGCUAAAGCGGUUCUGCGGCCGAUGGAGAAAUGGAGAUCCAGCAAGCCCGCGAAGAUGGAAGGUGACAUGUGGCUGACCAAGGUCGAAGCAAAGUUGAAGAACGUUCCCGAGUCGGAGAGAGCGUCGUCUGCGACGGAAUAUCCAAAGAUCGACCUGCCAAAUGACGCACAAAUGAAGGCGUGGCUCAAAGCACAAUUGAGACCAGAUGGGUCGUAUAAAUUUUACGAAGACAUAGUUGUCGAGACGGCUCCUCCCGACACAGCUGCAGGUGCCACUGGUGUAAACAAGACAAACAGAGAUGAGACGAUGACAGGCUCAACUCCAUCCAGCAACAUGCCGACAUCAGCUCCGUCUAAGAUCCGACACGAAUGGUACCAAUCUCCCCAAACCGUCACUCUGACACUCUACGCAAAGAAUGUCCCCAAAGACGCCUGUGAGAUCGACAUCCAAGAAGACUCCGUGGCCAUCUCCUUCCCUCACCCUUCCAACCCGUCCUCCACGUCCACAUUCACCCUCGACCCACUUUUCGCACUUAUCGAUCCAUCCCAAAGCAGAUCUGCCGUCCUCUCCACGAAGAUCGAGUUGACGCUGAAAAAGGCGCAAGCUGGUCGGAAGUGGCAUGACUUGGAAGGUGCUGCGCCUCUCAUGGCACCAUUAUCAAAAUCAAAUGAUGCGAAAGAGGAACAGGAUUCCAAGGCAGCUACGUUGCCCACGUUGACCGAUUCGCCCUCGCCGCCUAUGGCUGUACCACAACCAGGCGUAGUCAAAGAUAUUCCCCCAUCGUACCCAACCUCCUCCCGCACCGGCCCAAAGAACUGGGAUAAACUCGCCAACGACUUCCACGUGCAAAGCAAAUCCAAAGCUAAAAUUAUGCCUAAAGACAAGAGCAAGUCAACCUCUGACGAUGCUUCCAAAGAAAACCAGUCCAGCCCCCUCGGUUCCGAUGUAGACGAAGGCGGCGGCGAAGAAGACUCGGACUUCGACACCGGCGACCCCGUCGAUGGAUUCUUCAAGAAGCUCUACGCCUCAGCGGACGAUGACACGCGUCGGGCGAUGCAGAAGAGCUUCUACGAGAGUCAAGGGACCGCUUUGAGCACGAAUUGGAAGGAAGUCGGGUCGAAGAAGAUCGACCCGGUCAAGAGUUCCCAGGAUUGA